GCGUUGGCUUUCAUACCCAUCACAUCUGUAGCGCUGUCGUUGCGCUUGUAUGUGAGGAUAUCCAUCGUUAAGGGGUUCGGACUUGAUGAUCUGUUCUUGAUAGGUGCACAGAUCUGGUUCUUAGUAUUCUGUGGAUAUGCGAUCAAGUUGAUCAAUUAUGAACAUGAUCCGAAUUUGAAGGCAGCCAUAGAAGAGAGCGUAAAAACUGCGAUGGUAGCCAUUGGGAAGCUUUAUACAGAUUCUGUCUUCUUCACUCUUUUCUAUGUCUUGAGUGUCAUUUUCCUCAAAAUCUCGCUCGCGUUCUUCUACCUCCGAAUCAUCGUUCAACGAUGGCAAAAGAUUGUCAUCUGCAUUGCUGCUACAACCAUGACUCUUUAUGGCCUUGCAUACGCAUUCCUUUAUUUGUUCCGUUGUGGUCCAAAUGUCACCCGGCAGCUCGUUUACUGGGCAGAAGGCAAAUGCAUACCAGACCACACGUUGCUGGUCAUGACAUAUGUCUUUGGAAGCCUGGAUACAUUGACAGACUUCAUUUACGCCUUCCUUCCGAUAUACAUCUUGUGGAACUCAAACAUGCCGUUGGGGAUGAAACUUACUGCAGGAUUUCUACUCUGCAUGGGCUCCGUCAGCUCCAUCUGCGCCUUGAUUCGCGUCGCCACACUGUCGAACCUGAAGUUCGACAUGGCCUUCUUCAAGCAAGCAGUACAGACUGGUCUCUGGAGCAUCAUCGAGCCGGGUCUCGCGAUCGUAGCCACAUCACUAGCAGCAUGCAGACCACUCUGGAGA